AUGAGGCUUCCGCGAGCUCAGCGUUCAGUUGAGCAACUAAUGUGAGUGUUGAAGUAUCCCAACCUAGCCUAGAAAUAAGAAGAACACUUUCCCAAAUGGAUCCCCGUGGAAUUAAGCUCUUGUUGUUUUCCUAUGUAUUUAUUAGCUUUAUAUUUAUUACACUGCAAACUAAAGAAGAGGUGCUGUUGGAUAUGAGGGCAUCAGGGAGUGAGCUAGGCUGGCUGACCGGGCUAUAUGAACAAGGAGACAAGCAAGGGUGGGAGGUGGUCCAGAGGAGUCUCAACGGCUCACAGUUCUAUACCUACUCGGUGUGUAACGUGGGUGAGCGUGAGCAGGACAACUGGCUGCGCACCACCUUCAUCCAGCGCCGCCCGUCAGCCUCUCGAGUCUUCGUGGAGCUGCAGUUCAUCGUGCGUGACUGCAACUCGUUCGACGGCUCAUCGCUUACCUGCAAGGAGACCUUCAACCUGUUCUCCUCCGAGUCGGACGCUGAUAUCGGCACCAACUUCCGCAAGGGCCAGUUCAAGAAGGUGGCAACCAUCGCACCCGACGAGAUCACCAGCCGCAAUGAGCUACACAUCAACACAGAGACGCGGGUGGUGGAGAGCCUCAGCAGGAAAGGCUUCUACCUUGCCUUCCAAGACAUCGGGGCCUGUGUUGCGCUGCUCUCUGUCAGGGUCUACUAUAAGACCUGCCCGGCCACUGUCAAAAGCCUGGCAGCCUUCCCCGAAACAGUGGCAGGGGGGGGGGAGAACCAGGCCCUGAGGGAGGUGGCGGGGGCCUGCAUAGAGAAUGCGGUGAGCGAGGAGAUGCCCCGCAUCUACUGCACGGUGGAUGGAGAGUGGGUGGUGCCCGUCGGACAGUGCCAAUGCAGGCCCGGCUACGAGGCCGUCAACGGCACAUGCCGAGAGUGUCAGCCAGGCUUCUUCAAAGCCUUCGUGUCCAGCGACACGUGCAAACUGUGUCCUGCUAACACCCAGCUACUGGGCUCCGGGGCGCUGCUCUGCCCAUGUGCAGAAGGCUUCUACCGCGCUCCCGACGACCCGGCAACAGGGCCCUGCUCAGGCCUGCCCUCAGCGCCGCAAGAACUGGUCGCCACGACCACCCAGCUGGCCGCGGGCAAGCUGCAUCUGUCAUGGAGCCCGCCGGAGGACACGGGCGGCCGCAGUGACAUCACCUACAGUGUGGAGUGCAGAUGCUGUGACGGCGGCGCGUGCCAGCCAUGCGGGGAGAAGGUGCGCCUCGAGCCAGCCAGCUUUGGCCUGAUGCACACCUGGGUGGCGGUGAGCGAGCUGGAGCCCCACCUCAACUACACUUUCACCGUGGAGGCCCACAGCGGAGUGUCGCUGUUCGCCAGCCAGGGGGCACCGCGCUCCAACAGGCCCCCGUCCACAAACACAUUGACCACUGCCCUGCACUACACAGACCCCCCCAAGGUGACGUCCAUGCGUCUGGUCGAGCGAAGCCCCACCAGCCUUUCCCUGUCCUGGGCUGUAGCCCCCCGCAGGCCCCUGCCCCGGCCCAUCCGCUACGAACUCAGCUACCGCAAGAAGGAUGACAAUCUGGAUGUGACCACGUACACGGUUCUGAUUCUGGAGAAGAGCUCUGUGCAGAUCAGUGAAUUGUCCCCAGCCACAGCCUACCUAUUCAGGGUCAAGGCCCUGAGCCCCGAGGGCAGCCCUGGAGGAUCCAUGGAGGAUGAAUUUGAGACCCUGCCUGAUAUACCCCAGAGCAACACGGCGGUCAUCUUCGGAGCGGCAGUUGGCGGAGCGGCCAUGUUGUUCAUUGUGGUGGUCGUCCUGCUCGUACGCAAACGGAGAAGGAACUCCCAUACAAGACAAGAACCAGAAGAUACUUACUUCUCUAGCUCAGAGCAACUGAAGCCGCUAAAGACCUAUGUGGAUCCGCACACGUAUGAGGACCCCAACACAGCCAUCCUCAAGUUUGCCAGCGAGAUCCAUCCCAGCCACGUGACCAAGCAGAAAGUCAUUGGAGCUGGGGAAUUUGGAGAGGUGUUUCGCGGUAUUCUGAAAGCACCAGGGCGGAAGGAGGUGGCGGUGGCCAUUAAGACGCUGAAGCCGGGAUACUCGGAGAAGCAGAGGCGAGACUUCCUUUCAGAGGCAAGCAUCAUGGGACAGUUCUCCCACCAGAACAUUAUUCGCCUGGAGGGAGUCGUCACUAAAUUCAAGCAUGCCAUGAUUGUGACUGAGUAUAUGGAGAACGGAGCACUGGACAAGUACCUAAAGGAUCACGAUGGCGAGUUGCCCUCCUUCCAGCUGGUGGGCAUGAUGCGUGGCAUCGCCGCAGGCAUGAAGUAUCUUUCCGACAUGAGCUACGUUCACCGGGAUCUGGCUGCCCGCAACAUCCUGGUCAACAACAACCUGGAGUGUAAGGUGUCUGACUUCGGCCUGUCCCGAGUGCUGGAGGACGACCCUGAGGGCACCUACACCACCAGUGGUGGUAAGAUCCCCAUCCGCUGGACAGCCCCAGAGGCCAUUGCCUAUAGGAAGUUCACCUCGGCCAGCGACGUGUGGAGCUUCGGCAUUGUCAUGUGGGAGGUCAUGGCCUUUGGCGAGCGGCCCUACUGGGACAUGAGCAACUGCGAGGUAAUGAAGGCCAUCAACGAGGCGUUCAGGCUGCCGGCGCCCAUGGACUGCCCAUCAGCCGUCUACCAGCUUAUGUUGCAGUGCUGGCUGCAGGAACGCUCCAAGAGGCCCCGUUUCCCGGACAUUGUCAGCCUGCUGGACAAGCUGCUCAGGAGCCCUGAGUCCCUGAAGGCAAUCGCAGAUUUCGACCCCCGUGUAUCCAUCCGCCUGCCCAGCACCAGUGGUUCGGACGGCUCACCCUUCAGGUCGGUGUCCGAGUGGCUGGAGUCCAUCAAGAUGAGCCAGUACAGCGAGAACUUCACCUGUGCCGGAGUGUUCACCAUGGACCAGGUGCUGCAGAUGAAGAACGAGGAUAUCAAGAACAUUGGCGUAAGACUGCCUGGCCACCUGAAGAGAAUUGCAUACAGCAUCCUGGGCUUGAAAGACCAGACCAGCACCCUGAGUGUAUUUGCAGUGUGACUCAAUACUAGUGGUACAGGAAUUUGAAUCGGCACUAAAGCGGGCAGCACUCUUGAACUCUGUGUUGGACUGGACUGGAGCGGAGCUGCGGGAACGGCUUUGGACAGGCAGAACCAAACUGAACACGUCGUAAGAACAUGGUCUAGCCAAAAGAGACUUUCUUGGAGAUUUGUAACAGACUUGUUAAGUGAUAGCUAAUAUUUUUGAAUUUAUACAGCAAUAGAUAUAUUAUACUGUAUAUAUUUUUUAUUAUCCAUCUCCAUUCUACAGAUACAGUUCAUUGCUCAACCUUUGUUUUAUAUAUUUUUGGGAUGCAUGCUUCCCCUCUCCCCCAUGAGGUUGUCUCUUCCAUCUCUAGCACCCAAUAUUGAGAAGAGAAAAUGAAAAUAAGUGACACAACCACUUAUACUUAGUUCAACCAAUGUGAUUCUUUGUGUGACGUGGACUGCUGUGUCCAUUUCGGAAUGAGUCUGGUGUUGUCGAUGCCAUUGCAAUUCACUGAGUGAAAUGCAUUCUGGUCAGCGUAAUCUCUUGCUACACUAAUGAAAAUGGACUCGAAGCAGAGAGUGGACCUGAAAGGGGCUGGCCGUAGUUUAACAUGGGGCACUGGUGUAUGCCAGUCUUGAGGUUAUUGUCUUAAAGUCCAGGUUGGGCUGUUGUUAGCUACUGUUAUGCCUUAUGUGGGCUUGAUUCAGAUGUUAAGCUAUCAUAUGAAUUUGAGUUUAUAUAAAAACAGUGUGAAAAGAUAUGAGGUACUCAUCAUGUUCAGUUUAAUGGGCUGUAAAGGCUUGUAUUGAUCGAUUGCAACAAAGAACAUCACUUACAGUGCCUUCGGAAAGUAUUCAGACCCCUUGACUUUUUCCACAUUUUGUUACUUUACAGCCUUAUUCUAAAAUUGAUUAUAUAUAAUUUUUCCUCAACAAUCUACACAUAAUACUCCGUAAUGACAAAACGAAAACCCUUUGCUAUGAGACUCGAAAUUGAACUCCGGU